CUUCCGCUCGUGGGCCGCCCGGACGCGCUGCGGUGGUUGGCGGCGGAGCUGCUGACGUCCUUGAGCGUCGUGCCGAGUCUGUCGACUGCAUUUGCUACUCCGCCGCCGCCGCCGCAGCAGCAGCAGCAGCAACAUGGAGCUACUCCUGGGCAGGCUGUCAUGCAGCCACUACCCAUCGCGACCGCGCUGAAUCGGGCAUUCCUUGACCUCUCUGCUGCGGCUGAUAGACACAACGCCAAUGGGGCAGGCUCCGGUGGGCCAAGCACGCAGGCGAGCACCGGGCUUCUCAGAUAUCCACUUGCCGGGUUCAUGGUCAUGCUCCGCGCGGUCACACUCAUGGGCGGCAGUAAUAACACCGAGAUGACGGGCUUGAGGCAAGGAGAAGCUCAGCUCGUCUCGGCUGAGGCACUUCAGUCUGCUGUGUGGAAGAGGCUCUUAUACCUGCUGAUAGAAGAGGUCGUGCGCUCGAGUAAAGCCACCUCGGGGUCCAUCCUGCACGAGCUUAUCUGGAAGAAAACGAACAAGCCACAGGAACACUACGAGAUGCUUGGCGACAACGAGCUCAAGUACAAUGGAAGGUCCCCAGAGCUAUGUGUGCCCUUGUCAAAGAUCGAGGAUAGCUCCUUGAUGAGCAAGUACAGUCUUGGGCUGCUACAGGGGUCAGACGAGUAUCUCCUGUUACAGCAGCAACUCGCGAGCACGGCGGGGUCUAGAUACUCUUUGGGGUUAUUCCUUCACGUUCUGUGCCGAUUCGUUGAGGAUAAGAUUGCCCCGACGUCGGGGCUUGAAAAGCCGGCAGAGGUACUCCCGUGGCCGAUAUUCAUUGAGAUCAUCAACCACGCGUCGUUGCGCGCCGUCCUUGAGGCGCCUCACACGGUCGGAAAGGCCGAGGUAGAGCAGACUCUGGGGCAGCUGUAUGUCGGCGCUGGCUCCGAUAACGAAUUAGACUUGACAGACUGGGUUGUUUGAUUUCUGCUGGGGACACGCGGGAUAGAGGCUGGACAGGUCGGAGAAAAGGUGAUCAAGGGCCGGGAACGCCGUCCGUUUCGAUUCGGUCAGGGAUGCGAAUCACAUCCUUAAUUUCCACAAAAGUCAGACGCGACUGCUAAAUGACCUCGACACGCGUUCCUCUCUUACUCAGGCACACUCAGUACCGGGUUCGUGGAUCACGCAGGAAAUAAGGACGGCACAGGAGGAGGCGCAUCUCGCAGGGGACAUGGGUGAAAGUGGAGAACAAAUAGCGAAAAGGGAUGCACGCCGAUGCAGUUGGUUCUCUGCGCUUUGCCGUUCCCUGCAAAUCCGAUGCACAGAAUGCAAGGGAUAUAAUAGUAUGCAGAGCUGAUUAUUUGUCUCUGGGGGUCAUGCCGCUCCCCCCUUUUCCGUUUCCCAAGACAUCUCGAUG